AGCAGGGAGGCAAAGUGGGCAAAGUGGUCCCAUUCUUGCAUAUGGCAGCACAUGUGGAAAAAAAAAAAAAAAAGAAUAAAUGGGUUUAACUGCUGACCGUUUAAGACUUAACGGUCAGCAGUGAUGGCAACAUUAACGGUGUUAGGGGAGGGACGACAACGAACAAAAAAGACGAAGUAGAGGGACGACGUUUUGGCUCCUUGGUAGAGUAGAGGGAUGACAACGAAUAUGUCCUUAGUGGUGUGCAAAGCGAAUCUACGGAGAAAUAACCCUCGCCAUCCACAUCGACCUCCAUUACGCCAGCGUCGAGUUCUCCUUUCUCCGACUUCGUGGUCUUCGCUUCCUCCUCAAAUCUCUUUGAUCCAUUGCCCAGUCCGAUUCCACUAUCCUCCUCUUUGGCCACACACAAUCCAUCCCUGAGCUUCGAGGUUCUUUGACUCCCACUCCACCAAUUCCAUUUUAUUUUUCUUUUUUAAUUGAUAUGAUGAAAUACCAAAAUUAAGAAUUGAAAUUCAUAAGGUAAAUAGGGAAAUUUGAAAUACAUGCAAUUUUCAUUU